AAAGCGCCAGAGUCGUCUUAAUGAACGGCACAAUAAAAACAGUCUGCGUUAACCCUAACUGUAGUGACGGUCGUUAAUGAGUUUGAGCACUGAGGAUCAAGACCGAUUAGUUUCUCCGGUCCGCCUCGCCUAUUCUCAGUGACUUCCGCGGGGAAAGCCAGCGUGCUCUCGGUGAUCCUGAAGCAGUUUCGUUAUUGUGACAGCUUGGUGCAAUCAACCCGGAGAGGCUGCGUAACGUCAAGCCGUGAUGUUAGCCAGUCCCGCUAGCAUGCAAUGCUACCUAACGGCAAGUAGUCUAUAACGGCAGUGUUUUCCGGGCUAGUCUGAGGGUCAGAGCUGCACUUAAAGAAGGUGGAAAUACGAGGGACGAUGGUAUAAAACGAGUAAGCUGUGGCUCCAACUAACCGACACCCUGCGUCUUCUGCCGCUCCCCCGUUUCCGUUGCCCCACCCCCCGACCUAAUUACAUCCCUGUUCGGUCGGUGGUGGAUUGGACUCUCAUUGGACGCUUUGUUAGGUGGUUAUUCGGUCUGGCGCCGCCUCCCCCUGGGGCCGGCGUGCGCUCCCAGCAGCCCGUGGUGCCCUGCGCCCCCCCCUCCCCGUCACUACACCCCAGAGCCCAUGUUCAGGGAGGAGGUGCGGUGCAUCCGCCAGGAGCCAUGUGCCUCCCUCAAACCAACAACAUGGACAGUAAGCAACAGGGGGCGGGGACAGGGGGAGGGGCUUUACCUAAACCACGAGGUGGAGGCGUUUCUCUGGAGCCCUUCAUACACCAGGUGGGGGGUCACAGCAGUAUGAUGCGCUAUGAUGACCACACCGUGUGUAAACCUCUGAUCAGCAGAGAGCAGCGCUUCUAUGAGUCUCUGCCUCCUGAGAUGAAGGAGUUCACUCCAGAGUAUAAAGGUGUGGUGCUGGUGUGCUUCGAAGGCGACUCUGACGGAUACAUCAAUCUGGUGGCAUACCCCUAUGUGGACAACAUGGAGGAAGUGGCGGGGGAGCACGAGGAGCGGGAUCCCCAGGAGAAGGAGCAGCCGAGGAGGAAGCACUCACGCCGCAGUCUGCAUCGAUCGUCCUCCUCCAGCGAUUACAAGGAGGAGCGGGUCGACAGGAGGGAGGCGCACGAGACCGACACCUCUGACAAUCUCACAGAACUGAAGAGUCCCAGGCUCGACCCGAAGAUCCUCUCCGACGUUCCCUUCCAGAUGCUGGACUGGAACAGUGGUCUGGCCUCGGAGAAGAUCAGCUACAACCCCUGGAGCCUGGUGUGCCACAAACAGCAGCUCAGCCGCAUGAGAUCUGAAUCCAAGGACCGCAAGCCCUUCAAACCAGAGUUCCUGUUGUUGGAGAACGUUGUUCACCACUUCUCCUACCCCUGCAUCCUGGACCUGAAGAUGGGCACCAGGCAGCACGGGGACGACGCCUCGGAGGAAAAGAUGGCCCGGCAGAUGAAGAAAUGUGAACUGAGCACUUCAGCGACACUGGGAGUCAGAGUGUGUGGCAUGCAGGUGUACCAGCUGAACACCGGUCACUACCUCUGCAGGAACAAGUACUACGGACGUGGGCUGUCGAUCGAAGGCUUCCGCCAGGCCCUCUACCAGUACCUGCACAAUGGAAAGUGCCUGAGGCGGGACCUCUUUGAGCCAAUCCUGAAUAAGCUUCGCAGCCUGAAGGUGGUGCUGGAGAGACAGGCGUCCUACCGUUUCUACUCAUCCUCCCUGCUCAUCAUCUACGAGGGAAAGGAACCUGGGGGCCCUUUGACCCCCGGCCCUGGGCAGAAUGCAGCCAGGCCACAGAAGACAUCCGGGGCCCCUGCAGCGCUCCACACAUCUCCUCCUCCCUCCGAUGCUUCCAGUGAAACGGACUUAAGCCAGAACCCGGUUGUGAGGUCGCUGUCUUCUCAGGGACCUGGACGUAUGGCCCCAGAUUCCCCCUCUUCUUACCCUCCCACUCAGACACCGCCCACCAAGUCAGACUGCCGCUGCUUCGUCCCUCGUCCUCCAUCACCUCGCGGGCGUCCAGAAUGUCCCUCCCCGGCUCCCAGCUUGAAUCCCCUUCCUCCCACUUCAGCACCACAACGGCCCCCUCUGGUGGAUGUUCGCAUGAUUGACUUCGCCCACUCCACCUUCAAGGGUUUCCGUGGCGACACAGCUGUACAUGAUGGCCCGGACCAGGGGUACGUGUUUGGACUGGAGAGCCUGAUCCAGAUUCUGGAGAGUCUUCAAGAGGAAAACCUGUCAUAGCUCCGGAUGCUGAGGAACUCACACACCUGCGUCCAGUGAGCAUCUGUCAGCCCAAACCGGCGGUUCUGCUAUAACGUCCCCCCACUCGAAAAACUGACCGGUCUUUACACACAUUCACCUCUUACUGUGACUCAAUUCAGGUCCUGUUGAUGCAGCCGUGUUCUCCAGAACUCAGACCCGUCAUCUGUAGGCAUUUUUCUGGACAGAGGAGACCAAACAGCUGCCAAGACGAAACUAUGAUGUCUCUGCAUAACACCUACAGUUUGGAUUUCUGCCCUUGUGAGGACCUUCGUGGUUAUAAUGCAUUCCCUAAACGUGACCAUCACACAUUAAUGCCUAACCACAGAGCGUUUCACGUUUUAGAUGGCUGUUUGCCCUCUGUGACAUCACAGCAGGUGUUUCAGGUGGGAAUUUGAUCUCAUUGUCAUAUAGCUGAGUAGGUGAGUUCAUAUUAGUUAGUUUCCUUUGGUCAGAUCAGAAGAAGAUGAGGCAUUUAUCUUAUAAGGUCCGCUUUCAGGUGAAGCGCUUUUAAAUCCAAGGACCUCCAUUUAGAGAUUUAAAAGAGUGGAAGAUCAGGAGGUUCUGCUAAAAAGGGUUAGUAGUACCGGCUGUAUUAUUACUGAAACUAGAAGCUUGGGUUAUAAAGGAAUCCAGUCUGGAUGGGGUUUUAUUUGCUGUGUUCGCUGUACAGAGUGAUGAAUAUGCAGGUGACACAGCUACAUUGUCAGCUGCACUGAAGAAGGGAACCUGGUGUGUCCAGUAGGGAGAGUAUUUUUCUAGAUUAAAGCAAAUUUUUAAUCACAGAACCUUUCCAGCUUCUCAAGAUAAAACAUCUGUCUUGCACAUUCUGCACAGUGAAGCUUAAGUGGCACGGAAAGUAACUUGAGAAGAUGUUCGUGUUCUGUUGGCCUUGGUCCUCACACAGAUGGACAGACACGGACAGACAGACGCAACCACAGAUCCUGGGAACAGUUAUGGGUGGAGCUGCGGGACAAAAUGUCUUCUCUGAACCUCCCAGUCAGCUGAAUCCCAGCGAUCACCUCCCCGGGCCAGUUCCUUCACCGCCUCCUCUCUCCUGUUUCCUCAGAAACCGAACCCCGACAGGUGAACAGACUGUUGUAGGCUUACCUCGAAAAAAGCACUAAGAGGCGAAGCAACAGGUGGUUCAGAAAGACAUGCAGUAUUUUAGAGUGCAGAGCACAGCGGCGCCCCCUACAAGGAAAUCAGCAAUGCAGCGCAGCAGAAACAGGUGCCGUAGAAGGACAUUUGAUCAUCUUAUUUUAAAAGUUUAGGGGUUAAUCAGAAAAACAUACAUGGCCUGUGUCCUGUAACAUUAGAAACAUAAAUGUCACUUUACGAUCUGGUUCAGUGGUGUCCAGAUGGUUAUUUUAGUGUUGUUAGCAGAUCUCAUGAAAAGAGGCUGACACAUUUUAUCCCUAAAUGCACUAAUGCAGCUCAGUGGUUUCAGCCUUCUGGGGCUUCUUUACCAAAUGAAGCUCCUCACCUAUUCCCAGUACUUUAGUAAUUUUUUUUUAAAAUCAGGUCCAUUUCUGCUGUCUGAGCUGAGGAUCGAUCAAAAGCACCAGAACCAGGAACUUAAGGGAAACUGUGGUUGUUAUUGGCUCACAUGCUGCCUUUUCAUGGAAUUUGUUUGCAGUACUGAAUAAAAAGAAGAGUAACACCACC